AUAUCGCAUUCUGGAAAACAUCCAUGUCUGUCAGCAAAGAAGAAGUACGCCCGAAAUGCGAAUUACCCAUAGUCGGGCCAUUCCGCCCUCCACCCCUCGCGUGCCAAUGGCAACUGUGGCACCUCCGCCCUUGGCUCCGCACCUUGCACAUGCGCCCUCGAUCGUCAUCGCUCCCAAUCUGUCCCCAACCCUCACUCUUCGACCUAUCGAACCCGCCCAACCACUCUCCAAACUAAUUGCGCUAUGCGCAUUACCCUCCUUCCUUGCGACGCCCUCCUCUCUACAACGCGAUGAUCUCCUCGGGCUUCACCAACGCGCCCGUAACGCAAUUCCUCGUCUUCGGCACCGUCAUUGGCGCGCUGCUCGCCACGAUUACGGAUUCGAGAUUCUAUCUGCAUAUCCAGGUCGUGCCGCAUUUGUGGCAGUAUGGGCAAUUUUGGAGGGUUGGGGUUUGGACGCUGAGUUUCACGAACUCAACAGAAGUACUCUUCGCCGUCUUGACAUUCUACCAACUCCGUGUUGUGGAAAGAAUUUGGGGGAGUAGGAAGUUCGCUUCCUUCCUCCUCUCCACCCUCCCCUACACAACCCUUCUCCCGCCUCUCCUCCUCACUCUCGUCCUCCGCCCCCUUACCUUCGGCCGCAUGAACCACCUCCCCGCAGGACCCACGCCCAUCCUCUUCGCCCUCCUCGCAAACUACUACGCCGCAAUCCCGUCCACCUACCGCUAUAAAAUCUCUCCCUGGGCCGCCGACCCCCCAUCGUCACAGUCCUUCUACACUCGCUCCAUAACCCUAACUUCGAAAUCGCUAUCCUACCUCCCCCCAUUACAACUCGCGCUGUCACAAUUCCCUGGCUCGCUCUUGGCGGCGGCGGUGGGUUGGGGGGUUGGCACGGCGUAUAGGCGCGACGUGCUGCCGGGCGCGGCGAGGUGGAGGGUGCCUGGGUGGGUAGUGGGAGAGGAGAAGAAGGAUGGGUUUGAGGGGUUGAGGGCGAGGCUGGAUGCUGAGAGGGAGAGGGAGGGGGGUGGAGCGGGGUUGGCGACGGGGAUCCUAGCGGAAGGGACGGGGGAGGCGAGGCAGAGGAGGACGUUGGGGGAUGUGGUUGCUGAGCAGUUUAGGGGGAGGGGGUAGGAUCGAGAAGGGAUGAAGGGGAGAUGCAAUGUUUGGCUUGAAGUUCUGUGUCUUGGACAUGUGGGAUCACGAUAUGUUUUGUCUGUCAUGUCAAGAGACUUCAAAUACCAAGGAUAGGUGAUGAUAUUAUAUAAGGUGAUGUCGAUACCUCGACUAGUGAUACAGUUUCCUUCUCUUCU